GUACUUCAGCGCUUUCAUCCAGACAGUGUCGUUCUUAACGAUUGGAUCAGAGGGUUGUUCCCGGAGGACUGGCACGAUCAAAACAGGAAGGCCUUCCGCUUCCAGCGGUUCCGUCGACUGGCCCGCAUGCUCGUUCUCUUUGGGUUCGGCGAUCAUGGU